CCUGGACACAGCAUUUAAGCACUGCCGCGCUUGCCUGGCCGCCCCCUUUGUGCAAUGCUAUUUGGAAGGAUUUGAUUUCGGCAUGACGGAAGUGAUGGAAGUGCGCGACUUCCAAAGAUCCCUUUUGAGGGAAGAUUGUGAAGCGGCAACUGGGGCGGCUGCGACGACCCGGCCAAAGCUGGAUGCGACUUUGCUCCUUGAAGAGCGACAGGCACACUCGGCUCAAAAGCAUGCCCUUUUUGCAUUGGCUUCUCUCAACAACAGGACUGCUCCCAGCGUGGAGGUCUCUUGGUGCCAGCUAUUGGCAUUGAGCCUUAAGCAGCUUACGUUUCCGAUUUCACAUGACAGACAUUUGAAUGACUUUUUUGGUGGCUUAAGGCCCGAGCAAGAGCCUGUUCUUGCAGUGGGACGUCACAAGGACUGCCAUAUCCAACUAAGUGAUCUUCGAGUAUCAGUGAAUCACUUUGACAUCAUGGUCCAGAAGCCAAAUGCAAGCAACACCGCAGAAGAUGGUUUGCACUUGGAGUGCAUGUUGAUUGACCGAUCUUCCAAUGGGACCUUGGUGAAUGGCCACGUAGUUGGCAAAGGCAAAUGGUGUCAUUUACACACCGGAGACGCAAUUGAAGUGCUGCCAUCCAGCAGGGUUGGAGACGAAGAGAUGAUUGCAUUUCUCUUCAGAAACUCCAGUGAACGCCUGUCUGGUGUUCAGUCCAUCUCCGUUUUGGAGGAGUUGGUGCUUUGCCCAAUUUGUAUGCAACCCAUCUACAAGUGCGUGGCACUCAUGCCUUGUUCACAUAGCUUCUGUAUGUCCUGCUGCUCCGAUUGGAUCCGUCGUGAUGCGGAGUCAGCGCAAUGCCCAUUGUGCCGGCGAAGAAUCACGGCCGUCAUGAAGAAUCACCCAAUGGACUCAGUCGUGGAGGCCUAUCUUGUUGCACGGCCAGACCGGCGCCGCCCAAAAGAAGAGUUGCUGGACAUGGACAGCCGAGACAAGCUCAGGCUUGGACAAAGUGGCAAGCUGGUUCGGGAUUUCUGCAGCUUUGCUGCUCCAGGUUCCGAUCAACACGAGGAGCCACAGCAACAGACUCAUUCACAGGUACUUCCGCCCGGCUACCCACGUCGCCAAGAGCGCCACGAGCGCGCGCGGAGGUUACCGUACAGUCGUGGCUCCCAGGUUUGUUGCCUGCAAUAGCUGAGCCACUCGUUUUUCGCAACGAAACGUACAUUUGACACGCAAAACAUGGAGGCUGAACAAGUCAGGCCUCAGCUCGUCUUAGGACUCGCUUUUGGUGCAGUGGAUCGUGUUCAGCGGGGUAUUGAACCCUUUGUCCACUGCGUGAAAUCGCAGACAACUUGGCGAGAUC